ACACUGUUACCUGGGCCGUGGCCGUACACGGGCUGAAUAAGCCGAGAGUGCCAUCUAGUUGUCGAACUCAUCGUUGACACUAUGUAUCUAACAUCGAAUCUAGACGUGAUAGAUCUGAUUCCGCUGCAAUCUGUAGAGCUGACUCUGACAUUAUCUGAGAGAAUGGGUUUCUUGCUGAUGUUCAUCUGGCUGUGGGUGGUGGACUACCUUUACUUCAAAAUCAGGUACACGAGGCCCGACGGACCUCCGACGUGGUACUUUUUCCCGUUCCUCGGCGUGAUACCUUUCUACCUGCUGCCGAAACAAUUGUUCAAUCCAAUCCACAAUUAUUACUUGCGGAAUUUCCCCGACGCUAUAAUAUGCCGUUUCCUAUAUCCGGUCGUGUUCGUUAAGAAUGCGGGCGUGCGAGAUGUCCAAGACAGCGAGGAUUGUCUCAGUCGAGCAGCUCAAGGCUUCGAGACAACCGUAGGAUAUCUGAUGACUGGGAAACGUUACUACUUCGCAUUCGAUCACAACGGCUGCGAGUGGAAGUCCAUCCGGAAGACGAAUCUGUUGGCGUUGAACAUCUUGCCGAAGCACCGGAAGUUCGAGAAGAUGGCCGCGGUCGUUGACCAUUUCCUGAAGACGAUCGAGCGACAAAAAGGCCGCCUGUGGGACUACGACGAGGAUAUAGCUUUCGCCAAGAUCCAAGAGACGAGCAACGUGAACUUGGGAGACACAUUCGACGUAAACAAUCUCCAUUCUUUCGUGAAGAGCAUAACGGCCUUGUCGAGAAGUCUGGGGCUCAUCUGUGCCGUCUGCAGCAUUCCUCUGCAGAUACUCACGAGUCUCGAGACGAUCUUCCCCAAGAUGAUGCGACCGACGGUUAUGGCGAGAGCAUACGAUAUCCUCGUUACUAGGAUCCUCGAGAGGAAAUUGAAGAUAGCAGCCGAUGAGCCGAAUGAUUUCGUCGAAGCCGUACUCUGCAUGCGAGAUCCGGAGAGUGCUAGGCUGGUACUCAAAGAGACCAUGUUGUUCAACAUGUUGGCCACGACCCACACGACUCAACACGCGACGUCGGCUUUCCUCUCGUAUGUCUCUCUGAACGACGAGGUACAGCGGAAAAUUCACGAAGAAGUCGAUCGGGUUGUGGGCAAGUCGCCCCUCAACUACGAGCACUUGUCCCAACUCCACUACCUGAAAGCGACCAUCCACGAAGCCUUGCGAAUGAGUCCUCCAAUCCCACUCAUGGUAAGGUGGACGACUGGUCCCGCUGAAAUCGCCGGAUACACCGUACAGAGCAACAUAAGAGUCGCCAUGUUCUUGCACUCGGAGACCGUGGACGUCAACAACUUCCCGAAUCCCGACGAUUUCGUCCCCGAGCGUUUCAUAAAUGACGGUCUCUUUGAGAGCAGUAAACACUUCAACGUCUUUUCACGCGGUCGCCGCAUGUGUUCCGGCGUCGACAUGGCGACCUUGAGUGUUCAGGUUUAUGCCGCGAAAAUAAUGCAACAUUUCAAACUCAGCCCAGAGCGGAAAGACAUUGUGAUUGAUCGGUUCUGCGGUUCAGCCUUGACGGAGCAUCCGGCGAUCCCGCUGCGUUUCGAGCCCAGAGCAGAGGCUCCAGAGAUAAAGCCGGCUAAAUUGAACGACGGACUGACGGCAUUCAUCGAGAAAGUCAUCGAGGAGGAUUUGUCGAAGAUAUAG